UCGGCAACGGGAGACCGCAAGAGCGAACAGCCUUUUAAUAGGCAGCGAAGUUACAAUUUUUCUUCUUCUCCGGCGACUAUAACAAACCAAAAAAUCCGAAACCAUAAGCAGAAAUCGGAAUCUCCGACCAGCUUCAUCUCUCAUAGUCGAUGGAAAAAGGAAGAGCUCCGGAGGAUCUAAGUGUACCAAAGCCUUUGCAAAAGCCAUUUCAAUCUUCCUAUACGUUGUUGCCAAUUAAGAGGAGACAGCUUCCGAGCUUAGUGAGCUUGUGCCUUGGAGUCAUCGGUAGACAUUUUGAGGAUAUCAUCGAAGACUUGGCCGGAAUCGCUUCUAAUUUCCCUCCUAAUAUCAAGAUGGCACUUACAGCAAUUGCAAGGAGGAGAAAGUUAUUGAAUGAUGAUAUCAUCAUGGCAUUAGCUGAAAGUUCAUGGGAAAUCCUUGAUAUAUCUGGUUCUGAUGUUUCUGAUGUUGGCCUCUUAGAAGUGGUAAAGACUUGCAAAUAUCUAAAAGCAGUAGAUGUAAGUCGGUGCAGCAAAGUCACAUCAGCUGGUGUUUCAGAACUCUUGCAGCAAUGUCAGUCACUGGAGAUAUUGAGAUGGGGAGGGUGCCCACGGAGUGAGAACACUGCACGGGGAUGCUUGAGUAUGUUGAAACCAAGCCUCAAAGAUGUGGAGGGAGAGUCGUGGGAGGAAGUUGAUGCCUCAGAAAUAGCUCAUGGUGCCCAGUCAUUGCGUUGGCUAGUGUGGCCCAAGAUUGAGAAGCAUUUGUUAGAGAAUCUGCAUGUUGAAUGCCCUCGCAUCAUAGUGAACCCGAAGACCUCUCCUCUGGGUUUCAGGGGGCUUGAAGUUCCUCGCGAAGCAACACUAGAUGUGGCAUUGGAUGAUCCAAUAGUUGAAGAUAUUGACCCAAAAACGUGGGCAGUGUCUGGGAUCACACACACAACUUUAUUGCCAUCGGUUUCAAGCCCAGAUGAACUGUCCAUUGCUGAAAAAUUCAGGCUUGCAUUUGAAGAAAGAGAUAACCGGCUAGCGCCAAAGCGAGCCAAGAAUGCAAGGCAACGCCAACGGCGUGCAGAGAGGGAAUGGGUGAUGAUGAGCACAAAAGCAAAGGCACUGGCACUUGCCUCACAAGCAACCAAAUCCUUACACAUCCGGAACUAGCCAAGAUAUACACUGGUUUGAACACUUGAAUUCUCAUCUCUUUGUUUUCCUUCACUUCAAGUGUUGAGUGCACGCCCUUUGUCAGGCAAUGAUAGGCCAAGCAUGUACAUAGGUAUGAUAUUAGUCUAUGAAAUGAAUAUUUAUACCUUCCUUUUAGAACUCAAAGUAUAAUCUGAUGAUAAGUUGUACGGCUUUUAUUAUUUGAAUUCAAA